AUGUCUACCCUGCCGGACGACACGCUACGAAAGAUCUUGGUCCAGAUUCAACAGACCGCCGUCCAGUCACAGCGUGCUCUUAAUAUUUCUAGACAGCAAUCUGCCUCAAAAGAUCGAGAGCGGAGAAUUCUCCAGCUGACCAUUGAUGAGAUCCAAAGCAUCGAAGGAGAUGUCAACUUGUACAAGGGCGUUGGCAAAAUGUUUAUGAUGGUUCCCCGGAAAACCAUGGAGCAGGAAUUCAAAACCCAGGAGAAAGAGCUGACAGAUGACAUCAAUAACUUGAAUAAGAAGGCAAAAUAUCUCGAAAAGCAGUUUAACGACGCACAAUCUCAGCUGCGUGACAUUUUCCACCAUAGCCCGAAGCAAUGA